AAUCCUAGCGAUAGGAACAAAAACUCUGAAGUAAGACGCAGCGUCUGCCCGGGAGGGUAAAGUACACCAGGGAAGUUAGUCUGAACAACAAAAAGCAACCGAGAGCAGUAGCAGGAAAGAGGAGAGUGACAGCUGUUGGACAGAGAAAGAGAUUCAGCAGAACAGGGGUUGGGGGCAAAAGGGGGGGAAGAGAUAAGAGCGUGCAAACAGGAGACAUUGAGAGGAAGCACGGGGUGUAAAAAUGCCCACCAACUUCACUGUGGUCCCGGUGAAGGACGGCACCAGAAAGGCAGAAGAGGGAAACGAGGAAAAUGAUGCGGAUGACAGUGUGCUGAAAGAGGAGGAAGAGGACGCUGCCACAGGUGAUGGUGUGCCAAAGGAAAACAGUCCUUUUAUCAACAACACAGAUGACAAAGGCAACAGCUACGAUGGCACCAACAUGGCACUUUUUGAGGAGGAAAUGGACAGCAACCCCAUGGUAUCAUCCUUCCUCAGUAAACUGGCAAACUACACCAAUCUCACACAGGGUGCACAAGAGCACGAGGAGGCUGAUGAUGACGAGGGGCCAAAAAAGAAAGCUGUUAAGAGCCCUCAAAUGGGGACAUUCAUGGGUGUCUACCUCCCGUGCCUUCAGAAUAUUCUGGGGGUCAUCCUGUUUCUGCGUCUCACCUGGAUUGUUGGCACUGCUGGCAUCUUGGAGUCCUUGGCUAUUGUCGGCUUGUGCUGCUCAUGUACUAUGUUGACAGCCAUAUCCAUGAGUGCCAUUGCUACUAAUGGUGUCGUGCCAGCUGGAGGCUCGUACUACAUGAUUUCCAGGUCUUUGGGUCCAGAGUUUGGUGGAGCGGUGGGUCUCUGUUUUUACCUGGGGACAACCUUUGCUGGCUCCAUGUACAUCCUGGGUACCAUUGAGAUUCUACUGACCUACAUGGUUCCUAAAGCAGCCAUCUUUGUGGCAGAGAAAAAGGAGAAUGAGAUGGAUGCCCUACUAAACAACAUGCGUGUUUAUGGCACAUGUUGCCUGGCACUGAUGGCAGUAGUUGUGUUUGUCGGGGUGAAAUAUGUCAACAAGUUGGCACUAGUCUUCCUGGCUUGUGUUAUUCUCUCCAUCCUUGCCAUUUAUGCUGGAGUCAUCAAGACCAUCUUUGAACCACCAGACUUUCCUGUGUGCAUGUUGGGGAAUCGCACCCUGCAGAACCACCAGUUUGACAAGUGUCUUAAGACUGAGGUUAUAGACAACGUGACAGUUACUACCAAACUGUGGUCCCUCUUCUGUAAUGGGCCUCAGCUCAAUGACACGUGCAACGACUAUUUUGAAAGCAACAAUGUGACCGUGUUGCAGGGCAUCCCUGGACUGACCAGCGGAGUCAUUUCAGAAAACAUGUGGUCAUUAUAUGGUCCUCAGGGCAUGCUGGUGGAAGUCAGCAAGUUAACAUCUGUUGACAGUGGUGACCCUGCCCAGGACAUUUAUAUGCCCUAUGUAGUCAACGACAUCACCACCUUCUUCACACUGCUAGUCGGCAUCUACUUUCCCUCUGUCACUGGUAUCAUGGCUGGUUCAAACCGCUCAGGUGACUUGAGGGACGCCCAGAAGUCCAUUCCUAUUGGGACCAUCCUGGCUAUCACCACCACUUCCAUCAUCUAUAUCAGCUCCGUGGUUCUGUUUGGCGCCUGUAUUGAGGGAGUUCUGCUUCGAGAUAAAUUUGGUGACUCUGUGAAGGGGAACCUAGUUAUAGGCACCCUGUCGUGGCCCUCUCCCUGGGUUAUUGUGAUCGGGUCGUUCUUCUCCUGCUGCGGGGCGGGUUUGCAGAGUUUGACCGGCGCCCCUCGUCUGCUGCAGGCUAUUGCACGAGAUGGCAUUGUACCCUUCCUACAGGUGUUUGGACAUGGGAAGGCUAACGGAGAGCCUACCUGGGCUCUGCUGCUGACUGCUGGGAUCUGUGAGAUCGGCAUUCUCAUUGCUUCCCUGGACUCUGUGGCUCCGAUCCUCUCAAUGUUUUUCCUCAUGUGCUACCUGUUUGUGAACCUUGCCUGUGCUGUUCAGACCCUGUUGCGAACACCUAACUGGAGACCACGUUUCAAGUACUACCACUGGGCUCUGUCAUUCCUCGGAAUGAGCUUAUGUCUUGCUAUUAUGUUCAUCUCCUCCUGGUAUUAUGCUAUUGUUGCUAUGGUCAUCGCUGGCUGCAUCUACAAAUACAUCGAAUACCGAGGGGCAGAGAAGGAGUGGGGUGACGGUAUCCGAGGCCUCUCUCUUAAUGCAGCCCGCUAUGCCCUCAAUCGACUUGAGGAUGCGCCACCUCACACCAAGAACUGGAGGCCUCAGCUGUUGGUGCUCCUGAACCUGGACUCAGAUCAAGCUGUCAAACACCCUCGCCUGCUGUCCUUCACCACCCAGCUGAAGGCAGGGAAAGGUCUGACGAUAGUGGGGAAUGUUUUACAGGGAACCUACCUCACUAAAGAUUCAGAGGCCAAGAGGGCUGAGCAGAACAUUAAGGCUUCCAUGGCAGCAGAGCGUACCAAGGGAUUCUGUCAUGUUGUAGUGUCUUCGAACCUUAGAGAUGGUGUCUCGCACCUCAUCCAGUCUGCAGGCUUGGGAGGCAUGAAGCACAACACAGUCCUGAUGGCCUGGCCUGGAACCUGGAAACAAUCCAAUGACUCACAUUCAUGGAGGAACUUCAUAGAGACAAUCCGGGAAACCACAGCAGCCCAUCAGGCCUUACUUGUGGCUAAGAAUGUGGACAGUUUCCCCACCAACCUGGACCGCCUAGGAGAGGGCACUAUUGAUGUGUGGUGGGUGGUUCACGACGGAGGCUUGCUGAUGCUGCUGCCCUUCCUCAUUCGACAGCACAAGGUGUGGAGGAAGUGCAAGAUGCGCAUCUUUACUGUAGCCCAGAUGGAUGACAACAGCAUCCAAAUGAAGAAAGAUCUCCAGAUGUUCCUUUAUCACCUGCGACUGGAUGCAGAGGUGGAAGUAGUAGAGAUGCAUGACAAUGACAUCUCAGCCUUCACUUAUGAGAAGACACUAGUGAUGGAGCAGAGGUCCCAGAUGCUGAAACAGAUGCACCUUUCCAGGACUGAGAGGGAGAGAGAGAUUCAGAGUAUCACUGACGAAUCGCGUAGCUCAAUCCGGAGGAAGAACCAGGGCCCUGCCCAGAGCACGAGCCUCAGCCGGCAGUCCUCAACGACGGAGGACGCUCAGGAGGAUGAGGCCCAGCUCAUCCACGACAGAAACACAGCAUCUCACGCCGCAAUAAAUGAGAAGGCUGAUGCUGAGCCCGAGCAGGUUCACAUGACCUGGACCAAGGAUAAGCUCCUCACGGAGCGAAAUCGCAACCGCGAGUGCAACGCCAAUGUUGCUGUACGCGACCUGUUUAACAUGAAGCCAGAGUGGGAGAGUCUGAACCAGACAAAUGUCCGUCGCAUGCACACUGCAGUCAAGCUGAACGAGGUGGUGGUCAACAAGUCACAGGGAGCUCAUCUGGUUCUGCUUAACAUGCCUGGACCACCUAAAAACAGAGGAGGAGAUGAAAACUAUAUGGAGUUCCUGGAGGUUCUCCUCGAGGGCCUGAACCGCGUGCUCCUGGUGCGAGGCGGUGGCCGUGAAGUCAUCACCAUCUACUCUUAAAAAUCCCCCCGAACGUUCAUGGCCUACCCUGCACCUGGCAUUGGCACGUUGCCAUGGAUACCGCUCAGCGGACUUUUCAGGGGCAGAAGCCUAAUUUGGUUUUUAUGAAGGGCGGGGGUUGUUGGCAGGCAGGACCACUUGUGAUUGACAGUUGACCUGAAAGACGUCAGGAUGAAGGAAGUCGUUGGUGCCGAAUAAGCCGAGCACAGUGUGUGUCCAGCUGGACCAGAGAGCCACUGCGCACAGAAGCUAGAGCAUAGAGACACUUUAUAUCUUUGAUUUACGUCUGACAACCUUCUUCUGUUACAUUUUCAUACUUUGUGUCCUCUUUUGUUGGUGUCGUCAUGUCAAUGGCGCUCGCUGUGUAAAGAAAUACAAGGAAGAAGUGAAUGUGUGAGCUUUAGGCUUUCAUAUUUUUGUCGUUUGUUUUUGUAUUUUUAUUUUUUUUUGUUCUGGGAGGUGCACGGACUUUUGCUGGUCCUGAGGAAAAUGCACAGAGAGUAAUGGAUUUAAAUUAGGAUGCACAAAGUGCAAAAAUCACCCUUUUGCUGUUUUUAAAGCUCUGAUUUGAGCUCUAUGGGCUAAUAACCACCUGUCACUGAUGUUUCCAUUGAAAUGUUUCCAGUCUGUUUAGAAGCUGCUAAACAUUCUGAUUUAGGCUGUAGAGCUUUACCGUUGCAGGAGGGUGGAGGUAGGACUCGUGUCUGUAGCUGAAUGAGUUACUGAAAGGCCAAGCCAGGGGGGGGUGAGGAACAAGGUCCAGAUGUUCCAGUUUAGUGGGUGGGAACUUUUCAGGUUUUGGAUACUGCAUUUUCUUUCUUUCUUUUUUUUAAAUUAAUUUCCCACCCUCAAAAUAUUGCUGUUUUAAUAGGGAAAAAGCCAUAGGUAGCAGUGUGUUUAACAUGAAUGUGUACAUUUAUGGUGUCUGAAGAAGUGGCUGGUUGUGAACAAGCAAUGUAUUUGUUUUUAGGAGCUGUUUGACAGUAGUUUAAUACAUAAUUAGACUGGUUUGUAGGUUUUUGCACAGUUAAUCUGUAUUUUAGCAUCUUAAUUGUUUGAUUGUAGCAAAGUAUACAUUUAAGAUUUAAAAGCACAAAUUGACAUAUAUGAAUUUGUGUAAUUCUCCCCCAUGCUGACAGUUCUAGCACUGCUGACUUUGUACUACCAGUUGUUCAGCAUUUUGUUCAUUGUGUUCUUUCCAUGUGGUCGACUUGAGAAUAUUCAUAGCAGACGAUGCAAGGAUGCAGAGAGCAGACAGUUUCAUACUGAUUAAUGCCCAUGUUUCAAUGUUGCUUUUAGAACAUUUUACCAAAACAAAAUCUUUAUUUAAUUCUUUGAGUUUCCCACUGAGUAGAAUGAAAAAGUGCCAAAAUGAAUUUAAAAGAAACUGUGGAAGUUUUCUGAAUGCAGCUGAGACAUGGCCACCUGCAGAUUUAAUCCUUAGAAACAAGGAUAAAGCUUUUAUGAUAAAGGUCCCUCAUUUCUUCCACAAAUAAAGAAGUGUUUGCAUGAUAAUGCAAGAACAUUAAACUGAUGGUGCACCAUCAAGGGCAUUUCAAAAAUAAGAAGGAAAAGGGAUGGCACCCUUCCUCACGUGUACCUCCACAGUUUCUUUUGAAAAUCAGCCGCGCAGUAUUUUGUAAAGCAGAAAGUUCCGUUUUCCUCCAGUUCCCUUGCAGGGAAAAUGUGAACCUCUUGAUUGUCGCUUAUGCAACAUGUGUUUUGUUGUGUCUUGUUCAGCUGUUACUGUAUGUAUGCUUGUGUUGCUCUAUAAAUAUGGUCAAAUAUGGUCUUUGUAGUGUUUGUUACAUCAUCACUGAUCUCGUGUUACUUUUACGUGUUAAUUCUGGGCGUGAUUUUUGCGAGAGGGGGCAGAGGGAGGCGGUUUGUGUGAAGAUGGCAACAUAUUUGUUUUGGGGGUGUUUUUGUGAGUUUGAAUGUUUGUUUGCAUUUUGUUUUAACCCACGAUAACACGUUAUGCUCAACACACCGGGCUGAAUUCAUGUUACAGUGGCACCCUGGACUCAAAGUGUUAAGAAGUACGAGUGAAGCAAGCAGGGUGAAUGAACGAACCGCACACUACAUAAAGUUUGGGGUCACUGUUUCUGUCCGCUUUUCUAUUUUAGCCGCCAAAGAUGAGCGAGCGUAAACCAUCUAGUUUUAGGAAGUCUGAAUGAUCGAAAGUUGUCCAGAUAAAUUAUUGAAGAUUAAUGUUUUUAAUCUGGUUACUGAGCUGAGUAGCUUAACAUAAAGAAAACAGUAAAACCUUCAACAGAAGAUGCAAUAUAAUUAAAAAAAAAGUUUCUGAAGGUAAAUAGGAUUAUCAGCUGUGUGUGUGUGUGUGUUACACAGCUCUGUUCUGAGGUGACUGCAGAAUGUUAUCUACCUCAACGUGUCACUGAGGCUCGGCCGACAAAACAAAAAUCAUUUCAAUCAAAACUCUUUCAGAAAUGAUGUUCCAGGAAGAUUUGUGAAAGGGGGGGAAAAGAGCUCCUGCUGUGUGAGAGGACCAGCAGAAUAAUGCAUGUUUGUACUGUACAGCUGUCUUUAUGUGGACCAGUCUUAGACUAUCAGAGUGAGAACACCUUUCACCCUUCUUUAAAGGGCUAUUUAAGGGUCAAGACUUUAGGCACAGAGUUAUAAUAUUUAUGAUGUGGGACUAGGGAAUGACCCAUUUAAAUUAUUGUCCUCGCAAAAAUACUCGUGCAAAUGUGUGUAUCUUCCUGAUAUGUAACUGUGUGUGUUUCUGCUGUUAUCUGUCUCCGCUGGCAGGCCUCACAGACCGGAACAGGAAGUCGCUUGUGGGUGCACAUAUAGAUGAAGGUAGCCCUGUAAAUUGUAUUUGUGCCUCUCUACAUACUUAUUAAAAGUGCUGAAAUAACCAGA